AGCUCUGCACUCCUUGAGAAUCAUGACAGACACCAAAAGAGUACUUGUACGCAACACCUAUCUGGGCAGCCACAGACGCUACUGAGGGAAUGUAACAUUCCUCCUUCGGUAGGAUGUCCAGGCGCAUGUGGCGGACAUACUCCCAGAGUCGCAGCUUCUAUUCGUGUUUGAGAUUCGUUCCUGUCAUCCACGAGCAGCCUGAAACUUGUAAGUUGAUCUACGUAAGGAAUUUCAAAUCCAGGGACGGAUGGCUAAGUAUAAUCCAUUUUCUAGGUGAUAAGGACGUGUAAAAUAACCAUGACUUCGCUCCAAUUUGAUGUCUUGCACGUUUAUGUGUUCGGCGUCGCCCCUACAGUAGUGUCGGGACACGGAUGGGGAUUCUCUGCUCGACUAUGGUCAAUUUCUCAUGAAUCCUAGAUAGCUUCGGCACACCAAUUGAUCAAGACUACACAGAUGAUACCUUCACUAAGACUACAGUGCAACUAGAGCUGACCCAGUGAGUGCUCUUGCCUAGACUUCAAUUGGCAUUGAAGUCUUCAGUUGUAAAUAUGUUCGGAAAUUUGGCAGCACCGGACCUCCUCACUGCGAGAGCCCAUACGAUGUCAAGCUUAAGGACGACAAAUGAGGUCCAAUGCGUGUGGCAAUUUGUGUGAAUACUUUGAGUUUGUGGCUAGAACGAUUGAAAGCGUUCUAAAUUGUCGAUUACAUUGGAUCGUGGUGCUGUUGUGCCCAGACAUAACAUCAGUAGUUCCUGCUUUGCAAGAGAAACACUGCUUCCGAUGUCUUUAAAUGUUUCUACUUCUUCAAUUCUUGAACAUACAUUGCACCGAGACACAAGACCGCAUUCCUUGAGCACACUUCAAUUGCGAUACUCGUCCAGGAGAACAGCCAAACGUUUUCCAAAUGGUUAUGACUCUCCGUCCACCCUAUCUCGAUUUCACGUAAGCUUUCAUGUCCUACUUCAAAUGCAUAUCGACGUUUCUGUUGAAGAUUCGAAACCGAUGUCUCGUACUCUACUACCACCGAUAAUCAGAUAUGCAAAUGGUGUCUGACUCUGUCAAGUGUAAAUACUUUCAAGGGCUGAUCCGGAAGCAUUUGUAUGCAGAUAAUUGAAUUGAAGUCAAAGGCGAACACCGGCGAAGGUAAAUUAAGUUCUUCUCAACUUUCACUUAAGCAUGCCAUUUAACAUAUGAGAAAGCUUCUAGCAGCUCUGAAAAGCGCCUUAACCUCUACCCACACACACACACUAGAACUUCAGUAUAGACUCUACGCCUGCUGUCGGACAGUUAGAACUUAUGGUCCUUUCGCAUCAUAACAAUGGGGUUUCUGUCUAAGUCUUUCAGACAAGAGUCAGUGACUAGUUCACAUCCUCGUUUCUUUUGGAACGGAAUCGGUGCAGAUGCGAAACGAAUGGACACUGAAAUUCAAAGGCCCAUUCGUGUUGUGAGAAAUGUAGUAUCUGUUCCAUUGUCUCAGAUAGUGCCCGUAGUGCGAUGCGUCUGGUAAUAAACAGUAUACGCCGAAUUUUUAACAGUUUCGAGUUUCUCCGGAGGUGCCAGAAGAUAUGAUUCUUGAUUGACAUCCAUGAUUGUAUGUCUCAUCUGAUUCUCUCAUCCGUCAGCAAGCCUCAAGGGAGCCACGCUCUCGUGAAACCUCAGAUCAAGCGGAAUCGUAACAUCAAGUACCGACCUUGUCUUGAAAUGUUUUUGUGGUACUGUCUCAGUUCAUUACUCCUUAGUGCGAACAUUGUGGAGUUGGGUUGGGAAGGAGUUGAGGAACGGUGUCAAUAUAUCGAUCUUAUUGACCGAAAUACAUUACAAUUUGGUCUCAAAUCAUGUCGAGUUUACUUGUGCAGUAGUAUUUUGAAAUCUGAGUAUAAUUAAUUAGUGGAACUGUUUUUCAGGCGAUUAGGAGCAGCCUUCAAAUCCACUUUAGUCGUCUGGAGGAAGGUGGACGUGAAUCACAUAUCUUAGUGAGAAACACGUGGAAUGCCGUUUGCGAAAGGACGUAGUUUUUGCGAGCAGACGAAUCCAGGCAUACGCUUUAUAGAGUAAACUUGUCCGAUUUUACUCCAUAAAUCCGUUGACCCAGCUUAAAUCGUUAAAAUCGACAAACCGUAUUUGGAUUCAGUCUCAGGCAAUUCGGAUUUCGUUGAUUUCGUGGGCUCUCUCAUACAUGUUUUCGGGCUUCUUGAGAUUUAAGCUGACUAAGCAGUACGCAAAUCUGUGGUGGGCAAUGUACCAGCAAGUUUGCCCAGAUAAUGACGCAUUUGAUGAGGUAAAUGGAUAAACCUCGGACUCCGACAAAAAACACGGGUACAGGAGCAUGGGUUUCAUCUCACCAAGCUGAAUGCACAUCUGUAGGCUUUACUAGUUUAAAUUUGGAAGUUCAAAGCAAGGGUCUAAACCAACUGUCAUCAGAAAUAGGUAAAUUAACUGUUAGGAUUUGAUCCAUUGGUUUAUGGCUUAUGUAACUGAUACCCCUGGUCAGUCAGGUUGCAUAUUGUUUCUUAUAACUCUCUUCAGCUGAUGCCUUCGGACUGCCAGAUCUUUUUAAAUGCAAAUAGAACUAUACCAGUAAAAUCUUAUAUUCCUGAUCUGCUUCAUCGAAAUCUUAGCUCCAACUGGUGAGUAUUUUUCAGUACAAUUCUACAUCAAUGAGGACGAAGAUAUGGUAAUGGUUUGGGACAGAGAACAACAAUUAUGAUUCCUUCAAAAGAAAAAUUCGUUUAGCUCUUCAAGAAUACUUGUCACAAUUUUGUGGCUGAUAGUGUUGAGGAGUUAAAGUAAUGAACCCGUCAGUUAUGAUCUAAUCAUAUAUGGAGGUAGGGGAAGUCGUAAACAGGAUCAGAUUGAAAAUUGGUUUGUUUGUUGUUUCCUGUGAAGGUUUUUACUCGUCACAGGGUGAGAUCAUUGCGAGUUGGGUCCUUGAGCACGUGCUCUCAAAUUCAAGGUAAUGAAUUGACCUUGGCUGAUGGAGUGGUGGAUCGAAUCCAGUCGAUAAAUAUUCUAAUGUGUAAAUAAAGGCUUCAAGAAAGUCACUACAGCGCAUAGCUGGGUGUUUUCAUGUACUUGAUUUUCCUAUUCUUCUGUUCACGUAUUCCCACGACCCUUUCUUUCCAAGGUACGGGAUCUGCUGUGAAUUCAACACCUUUGAGAGCAGGUAAGCUGCUGUGUGUAAGAAGAGAGAAUACAUGGUAAACGAUCCAGGAUUUAUAGCCCGAUCAUGCUCGUUCAUCUUUGUUAGUACGUUGUAUGUACAAAGGUUUCUCUCAUUCGGAUGUGUGAGAAAGGAUGAUUACAGAUGUUGCCGGAGCUAGUUGUAUUUCGGUGAGGAAUAAAAACUGCUAAAUGAUAUCUAGUAAUUCGUAAAGUAACAGUAACGCGUCUUCAUAAAUUGUAAACGUUGUAUCUAAAAUUUGAAGUUUUGACAUUGUGAGUCCUUCGGACUCACAAUGCCAAAAAUAUUAAAUGUCAACAUUUUAGUGU